AACCCACAGCCGUCUGCUACUUAACGCGCGCCCUUUAUUUCUGUGGAUGCGCACCGCGAAUUGAUUUACCCAGAGCUUCCAGAGACGUUCCGAGCGCGCAGAGCCAGAAUCCAGCAUGACCCUGCGGUACUCCCGAGUCAUCCCAGCGGCUGGGCUGCUCAUCCUGGCUGUGGUCGGGAUCCUGCUGCUGGAGCUCCCGGUCAGAGAGGUGGAGACCCCCCCUGAACACAUGUACGGAAUCGUUCUGGAUGCAGGCUCAUCCCACACCUCCAUGUUCAUCUACAAAUGGCCAGCUGGCAAGGAAAAUGGCACCGGAAUUGUUACCGAGCACAGCCAGUGUAAUGCAGAAGGGGGAGGGAUAUCCAGCUAUGCAGGUGUCCGUGGUGGUGCAGCAAAAAGUUUGAAGUUUUGUCUGGAUAAAGCUGUGAAGAAUAUCCCCAAAUCCAGACACAACCAAACGCCACUGUAUCUGGGAGCUACUGCAGGCAUGAGGCUCUUGAAAAUAAACAAUGCCACAGAGACAGAGCGGAUUCUGAAGGAAGUGGAAAACCACCUGCGGUCUUACCCCUUCAACUUCACAGAGGCAACCAUCCUGAGCGGAAAGCGCGAGGGGGCAUAUGGCUGGAUCACAGUCAAUUACUUACAAGAAAACUUUGCAAAGUAUGGUUUUGCCGGGCGUUGGCUGAAUCCCGGCAGAGAGACAACAGGAGCUUUAGAUUUAGGCGGAGCCUCUACUCAGAUUACCUUUGCGACGUCGGAAAAGGUGGAGGGUGAUAAUAUGAUGGACCUGAAGCUUUACGGACAAAGCUACAAACUCUACACCCAGAGCUUCCUGUGCUAUGGCCAAGACCAGUUCAUGAGAAGACUGUUGGCCUAUCUUAUCAAGACUCAAGGUGUGAAGCCCCAAGUAGUCCACCCGUGCUAUCCACAGCAGUUCAAAAUGUCUAUCAAGCUGGGGAUGGAUGUCUUUGAUUCUCCGUGCACAAAGAGCUACAAACCUGACAAGUUUGACCCUCAGAUGUCUGUAACAGUAGUGGGCACAGGAGAUUACCAGAAAUGCCAAGCCACUGUGACGAAGAUGUUCUCUUUUGACAACUGCUCCAAGUGCUCGUUUGAUGGAAUCUUCCAGCCGAGCUUGAGAGGAAACUUCAUGGCCUUUUCUGCCUUCUACCUCACUGUCAGAGACCUCAUCAGCCUCACCAACAUCACCAUCACGUCUCCCAGGAAAAUGGAGGCAGCUGUCCAAUAUGUCUGCAACAUGACCAUCUCUGAGAUAACUGAGAAGACAAAGCAGCCGGAGAAAUACAAGAAGAAUAUGUGCGUCAUCUCCGUUUUCAUCAAGGUCCUCUUAACGCAGGGCUACAGAUUUGAUGACCUCUCCCUUCCGUCCAUCUCUUUUCAGGAGAAGGUUGAAGGAGCCUCUGUAGGCUGGUCUCUGGGAUGCAUGCUGAGUCUGAGCAACAUGGUACAAGCAGAGAGCCUCAGCCUGAUGAAGGCUCUGCCCCCAGGGCCCUGGGCUGGCAUCCUCUUCCUCUUCAUCGCCCUCCUCCUCUUUGCAUUGGGAUACCUAGUUAUUAGCUUCUUUAAUACAAGAAAUAAAGAUGGCCCAGUGUAGGAACAAGGGAGAUACACCUCUCAGUCCAAGUUUUCUCUUCAUGCACAUGUCCACCCAAAGAGUGUGGUCUCAUGUGCAUGUUGGUGAAACUAACAUCGUAAAGUGGUAAUAAAUAUUUCCUUCAUAAA